UCUUUCUCGUCUUACUGGGAAGACUGGGAAGGAAAUGGUGGUCAAACAUAAGGUUGUACACUAGUGUGUUAACUAUAUCAUGGCGGAUAUUGAUAGUUUGUUUGAUUGUUUUGAGGAAAAAGAACAGAGUGAAGCUGCUGUUCAGUUCCCAAACCUAAAGAAAGACCAAGCAGAAUUGUCCCAAGUACAAACAAGUAAUAAACGUCCUCAUGAAUUGGUAGAGUACGCAGAUACAACUCAAAAAAAAUCCAAACCGGAUGAUGAUGACACAGACUUGAUCAGUGAUAUAAAUGUAGAUCUACUAAGUUCCCGUAUUGUAAUACACACAUUGGAGACUCAUGAAGGCUGCACACACGAAGUGGCAAUACCACCUAACCAUGAGUAUGCACCACUCCUACCAAUUACCUCUGAGCCUGCCAAGCAGUAUAGUUUUAUUCUGGAUCCUUUCCAGAAGGAAGCAAUUAUGUGCAUAGAUAAUUUGCAGUCAGUAUUAGUAUCUGCACAUACUUCUGCAGGAAAAACUGUUGUAGCCGAGUAUGCAAUAGCAUUAUCUUUAAAAAAUAAGCAAAGAGUAAUAUACACCACACCAAUCAAAGCUCUCUCCAACCAGAAAUACAGAGAAUUCUCAGAGGAAUUCCUGGAUGUUGGUCUCAUCACUGGAGAUGUCACCAUAAACCCUUCAGCAUCAUGUCUUAUUAUGACUACAGAGAUUUUAAGAAAUAUGUUAUACCGCGGCUCGGAGAUCAUGCGCGAAGUUGGUUGGGUAGUCUUUGAUGAGAUUCACUAUAUGAGAGACAAAGAAAGAGGUGUUGUUUGGGAAGAAACUUUAAUCCUCCUCCCGGACAACGUGCAUUACGUGUUCCUGUCAGCCACAAUCCCGAACGCCCGUCAGUUCGCCGAGUGGGUGUGUCGGCUACACUCGCAGCCGUGCCACGUGGUGUACACGGAGUACCGGCCCACGCCGCUGCAGCAUUACAUCUUCCCGGCCGGUGGCGAUGGCAUUCAUCUUGUUGUUGAUGAAAAGGGUCAGUUCAAAGAAGACAACUUUAACACAGCGAUGGCGGUCCUGGGCAACGCGGGUGACGACGCCAAGGGGGACAAGGCCCGAGGGCGCCGCGGAGGGCCCCGGAACCACAGCCAAACCAACAUCUUCAACAUUGUCAAGAUGAUCAUGGAGAGGAACUUCGCUCCGGUCAUUAUAUUCAGUUUCAGCAAGAAGGAUUGUGAGGCGUACGCUAUGCAGAUGGCCAAACUUGAUUUUAAUACAAUUGAAGAGAAGAAGUUAGUCGACGAAGUGUUCAACAACGCGAUGGACGUGUUGUCAGAAGAGGACCGCAAAUUGCCUCAAGUGGAGAAUGUGAUUCCACUUCUACGACGGGGCAUCGGCAUCCAUCAUGGAGGAUUGUUGCCCAUUCUGAAGGAAACUAUAGAGAUUCUCUUCGGCCUCGGGCUCAUAAAGGCCCUCUUUGCCACAGAAACCUUCGCCAUGGGUUUGAACAUGCCAGCCAGGACUGUAGUUUUCACAAGUUGCCAGAAAUUUGACGGAAAAGAUUUUAGAUUUAUAUCGUCAGGAGAAUACAUCCAAAUGUCAGGAAGAGCUGGACGUCGUGGGUUGGACGACAAGGGCAUAGUUAUAUUGAUGAUAGACGACAAAAUCACGCCCACUGUCGUCAAGGGCAUGGUGCAGGGCAAGGCUGACCCUAUUAAUUCAGCGUUCCACCUUACUUAUAAUAUGGUACUGAAUUUACUGCGAGUAGAAGAAAUUAAUCCAGAAUACAUGCUGGAGCGGAGUUUCUUCCAGUUUCAGAAUCAAGCUGCAAUCCCGGAUCUCAUAGACAAGGUGAAAGCGAAGCAGAAAGAGUACUCGCUGCUGACAGUAGAACAGGAGCACUCGAUCGCGGCGUACUGCAGCAUCCGCUCGCAGCUGCAGCUGCUGGGCGCGCAGUUCCGCUCCUACAUCACGCGGCCGGAGUACCUCAAGCCCUUCCUGCAGCCUGGACGGCUGGUCAAGGUGAAAACAGAGAAAUACGAGUACGACUGGGGUAUAAUAGUGAAUUUUCGGCACAAGUCCAAGGGCAAAGGCAAGCGGCCACAGGAGGAGAAUCCUCUAACAGCGGAAGAUGCGAUCGUGGUGGACAUUCUGCUUCACGUGAGGAAACCUGAGGCGGGGGACACGGACACUAAUAUGCCGUGUCCGCCUGGAGAGACGGGUGAAGUGGAAGUGGUCCCAGUGCUCCACACACUCAUCUACCAAGUGAGCUCCCUUCGAGUGUACUACCCCAAGGACCUCCGCCCUCCCGACAGCCGCAAAUCUGUGCUGAAGACUAUUGGUGAAGUUAAGAAACGGUUCCCCGAUGGACCGCCGUUGUUGAACCCUAUCAAGGAUAUGAAGAUUGAGGACAAAGUGUUUAAGGAAUGCGUGGAAAGAAUCAAAGAGUUAGAAGAAAGGUUAUACGCACAUCCUUUACACAACGACAAAAACCGUGGCGCCUUGACCGCAGCGUAUGAGCGCAAACAAGAACUGUACGAAGAACUGAAUGAGGCGAAGGCUGAGUUGAAGAAAGCCAAGAGUAUCCUCCAAAUGGACGAGCUGAAGAAGAGGAAACGUGUGUUGAGGCGACUGGGGUACUGCACUGCCGCUGACGUUAUAGAACUGAAGGGGAGAAUAGCAUGUGAAUUGAGCAGCGCGGACGAGCUCCUCCUAACGGAGCUGAUAUUCAAUGGAGUUUUCAACGCGCUGACGCCAGAACAGAGCGGGGCGCUGGUCAGCUGUUUCGUUUGCGACGAGAACUCCUCACAGCACUCCGUCGCAGGCGAGGAGCUGCGAGGAGUCCUGAGGCAGCUACAGGAGUACGCCCGCAGAAUAGCAAAGGUCUCAAUAGACGCCAAGAUGGACCUGGACGAGGACGACUACGUGGGCAAGUUCAAGUCCACGCUAAUGGAUGUGGUGCUGUCGUGGGCCAAAGGGGCCUCCUUCCUGCAGAUCUGCAAGAUGACCGAUGUUUUCGAAGGUUCAAUAAUCCGCUGCAUGCGUCGGCUGGAGGAGGUCCUGCGGCAACUGUGCCAGGCCGCGAAGAACAUCGGCAACACAGACCUGGAGAACAAGUUCAGCGAAGCAAUCAAGCUGCUCAAGCGCGACAUCGUGUUCGCCGCCAGCCUUUACAUGUGAACCGACCAAUACACUUAUUUUUAGACACUCGGCGCGCUGACUGCUAUGGAAGACUCGACGCUUAUAUAAGCACUCUCAGUAAGUUGCCAGCCGCUCGCCACUCACCAACGAUCGCUACGCCAUUAUAUCGACUCCUUACUGUAUUAUUUAUACAAAAUGUACAAUUCUCAAAAGCGCUCC